CCCGAUAUCGAUCUAUARCAAGAGCAAGAUGGCAGCAAAGAAGAUGAAAGGACAAGAAUCUUGGAAGUGGUCCGUUGAUGAAAAACCUGUAAAAAUAGACAAAUGGGAUGGUAACGCGGUGAAAAAUGCCUUGGACGACGCAGCGAAAAAGGUUCUGACAAACCACUUUGGCUAUCAUGAAGAUCACUCAUUAACUGAUACAAGACUUGGUAUUUGUACACUUUCUGUAGUGUUUGCCUUGGCUGCUCUUGGGUAUGAUUAUCUGAAUCCAUUCCCAGCUUCAAGACCUGUUCUUAUAUUAUGUGUAAUAUCAUAUUUCAUAUUGAUGGGCUUACUCACUUUGUUUACAACUUUUAAAGAAAAAAACUAUAUAUUAUUUGCAGUCCAAAAAGAUGAUGCUGGAAUUGGACCAGAUCAUGUUUGGACUUUGCGAUCAGUUUUAAAAAGAUAUGACCACCUAUACACAUUGACCAUGUCUUUUAAAGAUGGAGAAACAAAGAGAGAAAGAGAGCAAACUUUGUCAAAGUCUGUUGCUUCUUGGUUUGAUCGUGAUGGGAUUUUGAUUCCAGAAUUCUUCGAUCGAGAUGUCAAUGAACUCCACAAAUCUCUUUGUUCCGACAAGAAAGACAAUUGACCAAAUCUGUAUGGACCAGCUUCAUAGACCUGGAUAUCGACUUUCAACUUCUCUAAAUUACUAUAGUUAUAGAUAUGGAUAACAUAACUUUGCCRUAACUUCAUCAAGUUUUGGCAUAUAAAUAUUCAUAGUUAGCCUAACUAUCAUAACGUAGCGAAAUCUAAAAUAAUAAGUAAUACAUUCAAAAAGAUUUCAGUGCWGUCGUUAGAGAAAAGUUAAUAAGAAAUAAAAAAGGUUAAAAUGUA